AUGCAGCCUCGGGAUCCGCACCAGGUUACGCCGGCUCCUCCGAGCCUGCCCCCCCCAGUCCUGCCCCCCCCGAUCGCGAAGUCUCCGCCAGUCAAACCUCCGCCAGUCAAGCCUCCCCCGGUCAAGCCUCCGCCGGUCAAGCCUCCGCCGGUCGCGACUCCGCCGCCUCCGCCGUUCUUCCAGCCGUGGCCAAUCAACGGGCAGGGAAUCUUCAACGUGCUACAGUUCGGUGCGCGCGCGGACGGGCGCACGGACAACACGGACGCGUUUCGGCGCGCGCUGCUGACGGCGUGCGCGUGGGGGAAGGCGCGGAGCGCGUACGCGCGCGUGGUGGUCCCCGCGGGCGGGCUGUUCCAAACCUUCCCCGUCAACCUGGAGGGGCCGUGCGGCGCUGGCCUGGAGGUGCAGAUCAAAGGUGGCAUCGCCGGGCCAGCCAACGUGGCCGCAUACCCCAAGCAGCGCAAGAGCAAAAUCAACGGUGGCAUUGCCGGGCCAGCCAACGUGACCUCCUACCCCAAGCCGUGCAAGAGCAACGCGCGAGGGCUCUUACAUAAAUGGAGGAAUCGCCGGGCCAGCCAACGUCACCUCCUACCCCAAGCCGCGCAAGAGCAACCUAUCCCCACUGCCCUUUCCGUCCCUUUCUUCCGCUGCUAUCUCACACAACAGAUCAACGGUGGGAUUGCUGGGCCAGCCAACGUGACCUCCUACCCCAAGCCGCGCAAGAGCAACGCGUGGGCGCUUCGGUGCCCAACCUCGCGCUCUCCCUCCGUGUUCCUCUGUCCUCUCUCCCCACAUCAGAUCAACGGCGGGAUUGCUGGGCCAGCCAACGUGACCUCCUACCCCAAGCCGCGCAAGAGCAACGCGUGGGCGCUGCUGUUCUUCCGCGAGGUGCCCAACCUGGCGGUCACGGGCGGCGGCAAUCCAGGCAAGGCACACCUCAAGGUGUAUGGCAGUAACGGGCUGCUUAUAGAGAGGAUAACCACUCGCAGCCCAUUCAACAGCCCCAACACGGACAGCAUUCAACUCUCCAAGAUUGAGAAUGGGGUCAUACGAAACAGCCAUCUGCAGGGAGGAGAUGACAACGUGGCAAUCAGUGACGGCUGCCAUAAUCUGCUGGUUGAGAAUCUCGUGUGCAUCAACGGUCACGGAGUGAGCAUAGGAAGCUUGGGAGAGGAUCAAGACACGGGGUGUGUGUCGGAUGUUCUUGUAAGGAACGUGAGCUUCACGGGGUCGAACAACGCCCUGCGAAUCAAGACCUAUCAGGGAGGCAAGGGGCUUGUAUCGAACGUGACUUACAAGGACAUUCGGGUGACCGAUGUCACAUGGCCUAUCAUCAUCAAUCAGUUCUACUGUGACACCUCUGCAAGCAAGUGCGGCGAGCGAAAAGAAGCAGUGGCAGUGACAGACAUCAGCUUUAUCAACGUGAAGGGCACGGCCAACGGCACACACGCCAUUCUCUUCAACUGCAGCCGAUCCGUCCCAUGCACGUCCCUCAUGCUCUCCAUCAUCCUACUCUGUCAUCCUACUCCGUCCCUCAUGCACGUCCAUCAUCCUACUCUGUCUCCUCCUCUUCCUCCCUCGCCUCUCUCGCCCAAGUGUCUCCUCUUCUCACGGAGUUCAACUCAGCCUAUGGCAUCACUACAGGCCUCCUCUUUCCCACUCCCAAGGUGCGCAGCGCAGAUUCACCUCCCUCACUUCAUUAACCUGCCCACCCCCCUUGCGUCACCCUCCACUCCGAUCUCUCCCCAGGUGCAGGGAUGGGCCUCCCUCACCUUAAAGCCCUGGGAGGGGGUGCGCAGAUUCACCUCCCUCACCUCAUUAACCCACCCACCCCCCUUUUUGUCACCCUCCAUUCCGACCUCUCCCCAGGUGAAAGCCUGA